GCCAGGAGAGACUUCUCGUCCAUCAGUGAAGGUAAUAUGAAGAUAAUUCUACUUGUCAUUGUGCUUGAACUCCAUUGGCCAGUUUUGCGAGCUCUAUUCACUGUGGAAAUGGCUGAAACCUUUUAUCUCGCCGAGUUUGGAAAAACUGUCAAAAUGGAGUGCAUAUUCCCGACAGGAGGCAGUCUGGACAGUGUAAAUGUGUAUUGGCACCGAAUGCUGUCUAACGGCUCAGAGUAUGAAGUGUAUACGCUGGUAAAUGGGAACGAGGACCUGCAAUCACAGCACCCUGAGUAUAAAGGGAGAGCCCAUAUGAAGCCAGACCUGCUCAGGAAGGGGCGGGCGGUGUUGGAGAUCUCCAAUGUUAAGAUUUCUGACUCUGGCUUGUACAGGUGCCUCAUCAAAAUGGGAGGGGCUGACUACAAACAUGCCACCCUUAGUGUUACAGCACCCUACAAGAUAAAAACCCAUGUAAAGGAACUUCCUAGAAAUGUAGAUCAUAAGGAUGCAGAAUUGUCUUGCGAAUCUGAAGGAUACCCCCCAGUCCAGGUGCUCUGGAAGGAUGGGAAUGAGCAAGACCUCAGCAAAAAAGCUUCCAGCAAACAUUCUGUUACUGCAGAUCAGCUGUUCCACAUAUCAAGUCUCCUGAUUGUAAAUGCAAGCUCCAACAACACAUAUCACUGCAUACUCUGGAAUGAAACCAUGGACGAGACUUAUAGUGCCAGUCUUAGAAUCCCAGCGGAUAUAAAGACUGUUGAGCCACCGAUUCCAGAUGGCGUCUCUUCCACUGCAUAUUGGACCACAGCGGCUAUCUUAUUUGUGACCAUAGUAAUGGUGGGAUUGAUCAUACUAAUGUGGAAGAAAAAAAUUAAAUGUUCCCAACUACGAGCUAUGUCACAGCGCUAUCCCAGUGAAGAGAAUGAAGUGCACAUCCACAUUAACACCAAUGAAGACGACGAGAUGGGCAAACUCAACCACUGACAACCUUGAUACCGCAGCCAAAGGGGGCGCUUUUGGUGUGACACCUUUGGCGUGCGGUAGUUAGAGAUUGUCGUGUUGCUGCAGUGCGAAGGCUCCAAUGGGAACAUUUAUGAAGAGAUG